AUGGCUAUAUUGAUUGAAGACAUUAGAACUAUACCCGGAAUAAAAGCAGACAAUGUAGAAAUGUGGUCUUUGGAAGAAAAUAAGGGAAUUAAAGAAAAUGAGGCGGGAAUUGAAAUUAAUCAAUUUGAAGAAAAUAAGGAAAUUGAAGCUACUAAUCUCGAAAAAAAAUCAAAAAAAGAUAAUAACAAUAGUGAUAACAAUAUGCGGAUAGAUUUGAAUUUAAUAAGUUACAUAUCUGCACCUGUCAAAACAUGCAUAGUUUUGGCUUUUCUAGGCAAAAAUUAUGAUAAAAUCACUACUGAGAUGUUAUCAUGGAUCAUCAUUCUUUCAAUAGUAAUAUUAAUCAGUUUGUUAGGAACAAUCAAGUAUGCCCUUGAAAUGGAAGGAAAAAAUAAAUGGAAAAGAUUUUUGCAAAAAUAUAAAUACAAUGAUCAGGAUGAUAACCAUGAACAACAUAAACGGAACAAUUACGUUUGGAUUUUCUCCAUAAAUUAUUGUGGAAUGUAUUAG